AUAGAGAAAAAGCGGAUAUCACUUUUUCCGUUUUCACAACGAAGAUUCAUUGGAAAGACAACAACUCUUAAGUCUUCCAUACCAAAAUUCUAACGUGAUACCACAUUGAGUGGUACGGUCUCUAACCAAAAUCAUCGAAACGAAAACUUCCCUGGCUCGACAAAUACCCAUUCAAUAUCUUACUACGAAGCUCGUGGUGGACAACGAGUUCUCCAAAACAAAAUCUCUUUCAUGGUCUCCUUUGUGCAACGAUUCGUAUAGUUUGACAACGUUAAAUUGGAAAUGCCAUCAGGUAAAGCAACGAAAAUCAAGACACGAUGACAGAAACAACAAAGACUACAUUGUUGGCGGGACAACAAACAAAACUGACCAAAAAUGGAGAACAAGUCCUCAGAGUUCUCGAAAGUCGAAGCAAAGGAGAUUUGCCCAUGUUUGUUUGCGAGGAAAUUCAAAACUCUAUCGUCGCACUGAUGAUAGCAAAUGGGUUCCUCGAUAAAUGGAAGACUGCGUUCAUGAGUGUUAGUACAAGAACCAACUCCGCAAUCCAAGACGAGGACGUGUUAUCAUUGCUUUCUUCGAUUCUCGAAGAUGAACCAGAGUGUCGCGACAGCGAGAUUGCGGCAACAAUGACCCGGCUACUCAUAUCUAGAGAGACUGUGAUCCAGGAAGGCAUCAACGACAUUGCUGAGUCUUUCCUCGCAAAUCUAGAGAACACCGUUCACCAACUACUCUGCGACGAAUUCAAUCCAGAGCGAGCCGAUCGUGGUUUCUACUUAGAUUGGUUCGAUGAAGCAAAAAUCACGGCAGCGAUUCGUCUAGUUCCUAGCGUUCUAUCAACCAAGUGGAACGGAGCAUAUCCCAUUCAUUGGCAAACAUGGAAACUGCAAGAAACCUCCGACGAGGAUGCUACCUCUUAUUCGUUGAAGUCCUUGUCCCUAGUUCCAAUGCUGGCAAAACUCGGGGCAGAACUCGGCUGUCGGUUUCGAGACGAAAUAGAAGAGAACAACAAUGAUAGUUACAAUAAUGACAGUUAUUUGGCUAUGAGAGGGGGCCUUCUGUCAAAAGAUCUUGAUGGGCUUAAUGUAUUGCAGAAUCUGUGUCUCUAUCCAUGGGUUUGCUUCUCCCACGACGAAGAACACCAAAAGUUGUGCGACGAGACCACUUCGAGAACACUCCAAACACUCAAAGAACAACAGCUAUUGACAAAAGAAGACAUUCGAGACCACGAUCUUGUUUGGAACCUCUUUUGCUUGUCGACAACAAGAGGGGAGACGGAUCGGCGUAACCAUUCAUAUUUUCCGGAACAACGCUUCCGAUUCUUUUCCGACUGGGAUCCCACGACGCUAGCAACGCCGAUUGGCGGAUCGGUUCCUCUAUUCGGUGCGUGCACAAAAAGUUAUGACGCGACCAAGCCCCGCCUGCCAAUACAUUGGUCUAUGGGAUUUUCGAACGAAAGCAUGCGUGCGUUUUCGAUAGUCUUGAAGGCCGGGAUGAAGCACUAUCCAGAAAAAAUCGGGUUCGUCUUUGCGAACGAAGACGGUCCAUACAGUUGCGGCUACAGAAAUAGUGACAACGGCACCAAAAUGAACAGACGGCGUGCGAAGCGAAGAAAACGACACAAUGUUCCCUACUUCGAAGCUUGUGAAACAUACGGUGCCCAUCGAGUCAAGACCGAGGUCCUGGAUCGAUUAACAACAACGACAGCAGCUACCGACACAAAUCGCUCCAACGACAAACAGCUAAGUCCCGAAGGAUUUCUCCUGUCGGCAAUGACUGAUGAAACCAUGGAUCGUUCGGGAUUGCAUCUGCUCUUACAGCACUUCUCAGGGGCGUUGUCCCAGAUAUUGACGAAAAACGAACGCAUUUCCAAGCGAGCGGCACUAGAAACGAUCUCGAAUACCAAGGUGGGCCAGGUGCAAUCGAAGUGAAUGACAGUUUCUUUCUUGAAUCAUAAAUAUCAUUAUCUGUACAAAGAUUUUCUUGUACUUCUUCAAACCUAGUGCAACGAUUCGACCGCUACAGCGUUCUGAGUUUCUUUAUUUCUGUAUCAAUAAUAGUAGCAUGCAAAAGUACUAAUCAAUACAACAAAAUUAUAUUAUAGGGCGGGCAUUGCAGGCUUGGAAAUGUGCGAGGUCUUGGUUUUGACGACCUCAUCAAUGAUACCAUAUUCGACGGCCUCCUCGGGGGUCAUGAAGAAAUCUCGGUCGCAAUCUUCCUCGAUCUUGUCCUUGGGUUGGUCGCAAUACUCGGCAAUGUAGGUAUUCAAGACUUCGCGAAUGAACAAAAUUUCCUUGGCCUGGAUCUCAAUGUCGGCGGCCUGACCCUGGGCGCCUCCUAGAGGUUGGUGAAUCAUAAUACGGCUGUUCGGAAGAGCUCGUCGCUUGCCUUUGGCACCGGCUCCGAGCAAGAAAGCUCCCAUUGAGGCGGCCAUUCCGAAGCAGACGGUGGAAACGUCACAGGGGACAUACUGCAUGGUAUCGUAAAUGGCCAUACCAGCAGAAACAGAUCCUCCGGGCGAGUUGAUGUAGAGGGUGAUGUCCUUCUCGGGAUCCUCGUUCGCAAGGUACAGCAACUGGGCAACCAAAACGUUGGCAACCUCGUCAUCGACACCCUGUCCCAAAAGGAGAAUACGAUCCUUGAGGAGUCGUGAGAGAACAUCCAUUUG